AUGCAUCAAAGACAUUCUAAACUAUUUGAAUCUGGUGGUGAGACUGUUAAGAGGAACUUACUAGAAUCUUAUUCAAUGUAGAAUCGUAAACCAAAUAGUAAUGAGGAUUAGUAGUUACGUGAGUAAGUAGAGAGAUUAACAAAUGAAUUAAUAAAUUUGAAGAAUAAGGAUUAAGGAAAGGUUUGUAUUGAUAAAUAGAUAUAAUGUGAAGAUAAGAGAUGGGAAUUAUUAAAUGAGAUAAUAAAAUAGAAAGACAAAUCGAUUGAAUAAUAUGAGAAAUAGAUAAUGAGCUUUAAGAAUAUGUUUUUAUAGAGUAAUUAAUAAAAAAAGGAAUUGCUUUAAAAGUUAGAGAAAUAAGAUCCAAUGAGAAAAAGUUAAGUGAUUUAAAUAUCUCAAAAUACUCAAACUGAUUUUAGUAGAGUUUCUUAAUUAUAAUAAACAGAAAUUGAUUUAGGAAUAAUCUUUGGUGUGAAAUAGAUUGAAUCAACAACUAAGAUUAAAUAAUAAGAAUCGAAAUAAAGUUAGACUGAAGCAAAAUUCUAUAAUGAAAUUGCUCUAUUAAAUUAAGAUGAAAUAUAUAGGGAAAUUGAAUAAUAUAAAUUAAUUCUUAGGGAGUAUGAUUUAGAGAAUAGGAGAUUGAAGACAUUACUAUAACCAAAUAAAGAAAAUAUGAAUAUGGAGACAUAAACUAAAAUAAUGAUGGAGGAUAAGAGUAUUCAAAUAGAAGAUGAAUAUAUUGAAUAGAUGGAUAAGGUAGUUUAAGAGUAUUAAAAAUAAAUGGAGAAUUAAAAAGUAUUGCAGAAAUAAUAUAAUUAACAAUAAAUAGAUAUGAAUAUAUUGAGAAAAUAGUAUGAUUAAUUAGUAAAUGAUUAUUACUUUAUAUAAUCUGAAAGUAAAGUGAAUGAUAAGAAAAUAAAUGAGUUAAAUGAAGAAAUAGAGUAAUUGAAAUAUGAAUUAUAGUCAAAGGAUCCAAGUGUAAGUAGUGCUGAGACUGUGACAUCUCCAAAAGAUUCUCAAAGAAGUUUCAAAAAAAAAGUGAAUAAUUAAAAAGUAAAAAAUAGUGUUUAAAAAACUUAUCUUAAUCCCUAGAAUAUUGAUGAAUUAAUUUUAAUAUAAGAGGAGAAUUAGAAAUUAUUAAUUAAGAUUUCAGAAAUAAAGAAAGAAUUAGUUGAGACAUAAAAAAGUUUAAAAGCAAUUUAAGAAGAAUUAGCAAUAAAAGAAUAGAUCUUAUUUAAUUAAAAUUAAGAAUUAUUAUAUAAUUAAUAAGAAUUAAAGGAGAUUAAGAAUAAAAUAGAAUCUGUAAAUUAAUUGGAAUAAAGAUUAUAAGAAUAAGAAUUGAAAUAUACAAAUGAAAUUCACAAAUUAUCUUAGAAAUUAGCAAUCUUGAAUUCUGAUUAUUUGGGAAUGAAAGUUAUUAACCAAACUUUACAUUCUUAAUUAGAUAAAUGUUAGAACAGAUUAAAAUAAUAACAAUCACCAUGA